UACACUGUUAGAUCAACGCCGGUCCUCACCCAAUCUAACGGUCCAAAGAUUUCCACGAAGCUUACUCUUAUCGACAAAUAAACGGCGAGAAAUGAAACACGUGUCGCUCCCGAUUACAUUAUUAGCCCAAACGACCCGUCGGACUCUUAACAACUCCCAUUGUGCAGCACCCUUCACCUGUUUUCUUGGAGUGUUUCUUCUCCGGCGGCGACUUUCUCGAUUCUCUAAUAUUCGGAAUUCCAAUACCGGCUUUACGGCAUCCGUACAUAUUCCGGAUAAUCGGGCGUUCUUUUCCGUUCGCGUCGCGGGCGUUGGACUCAUCUAGUCUCUGACUAUUAUCUGAUUCUUUUUCAAUUCAUGACCGAGUUUUCUUUUUCUUCUUUUAAUUUCUGAGAAUUUCUGGUAGGCGCGGAAGAAGAAUUUUGUUGAUGAUAAUCUGUUGUUUGUGAUACGAUACUGGAAUCGUGGUUAGGCGUUUUAGGUCAAUACAGCAGAGUUGAGCAAUUCGAUUUCUCUUCUUCCGUGUUUGUUUCUUUAUUCUGUGGGAGAAAGAAUCGUAUCGGUCAAUUUUUAUAGCGAAAAGUGGAAAGGAUUCCGUCUGUAUUCUUUCCGUAACCUAAAUUGAUAAUUGAAGAAAUUUGUUGGCAUUGUUCUUGUGAGAAUGGAUCGGGAGGAGAAAAGGUUCGUAUCGUAGCUAUACAUCGUUGAAAUCAAGUCUACUUUGAAAGCCCUAGGAGGAGGAAGUGGUUGAGAUUGUGAAAUUAGUGUAAGAGGCGUUUGGAAAUGGCGGAAUCGGAUAACGAAUCGGGAGGGCACAACAGCAACGCGAACAGCGAGUUGUCUGCGAAGGAGCAGGACAGAUUCUUGCCGAUAGCGAACGUGAGCAGGAUCAUGAAGAAGGCGUUACCAGCAAACGCGAAGAUCUCAAAAGAUGCAAAAGAAACGGUACAAGAGUGCGUGUCGGAGUUUAUAAGCUUCAUAACAGGAGAGGCAUCGGACAAGUGCCAGAGAGAGAAGAGGAAGACAAUCAACGGCGACGAUUUGCUGUGGGCCAUGACGACGCUAGGAUUCGAAGAGUAUGUGGAACCGCUCAAGACUUAUCUGCAAAAGUACAGAGAAUUGGAAGGGGAAAAGAGCACUAUGGGGAGACAGGGGGAGAAAGACGGUAGUGGUGGUGGUGGUGGGCCCAGCGGCAGUGGUGCUAGUGGUGGAGUCAACUCUAGUACUGGUGGUGGUGGUGUUGGCGGCGGUGGAUUUAACGGAGUGGGUGGAAUGUAUGGUGGGAUGAUGAUGAUGGGGCAUCAUCAGGGAGGCGUUUAUGGCAGUGGUGGUGGAUAUCAUCACAUGGGAAUCGGCGGAGGGAAGGAAGGAAAUAGUGGUUCCGGGUAGUGGAGGCGGCGGCGGUGGUGGUGUCGUGGGACUGCUGCAAGGUCAAGCUAAGUGGCUGGUAGUUGGAACCUUUUAAAGGUUCUCUUAAAACUUUAGGGCAUCAUUGAUGGAUGACAUUUUUAGGAAGCUGAUAAUAAUUUUUCCCCCUCUCAUUUCAGGUCUUUCUCUGGUCAUUGUGAAAGUUGUGGAAAAACUACUUUAUGGGUCUCUGUCAAAUUUUCUCUAUUUUUUUCUUUUUCUCUUUGUAAUUUGUGAAUCUUUUGUGUAAGAGGGAUGUGAUAAUACGCUGCUUUUGUACAAGAGU